AUGGAUCCGGAACAGACGUUUAUAAGAUUGCAAGAGCGGUUUUCGCAGGUGUUGACCGCCAAAGUCAGGGCUACUUUGGAGUAUGUCUAUUUGUUUAUCGCUGUUACACUCUUCAGCAUUCUCGUAGUCAUGCACGCCAAUUAUGUUCAACAGCCGGGAUGUUCAAGUGAGCUUCCUGGAGUUGAAGCUUUGGAUGCCCAACUUAUUCACAUAAAGAUAUCUAGUGCAGGACUUUGGCUACACAAUGAAUCAGAAUACAGCAUCCCAGAAGCUCCUGAUUUGAAUGUUGUAGCAGAUAAACUGGAACUGCCAAAUGUUGGUGCAGAUGACUUUACAUUGCUGGCUUCAAAGGUUUGGUUUAACUGGAUUGGUUUCAGUACUAGGAAGGGAAAAUUGACUUUGAAGUUCUGGCGGACUGAUAAUGAACUUAUUGAACAUCAGCAUGACACCACUGAAAGCUCGAAACCAAUGGUUGAUGAUAGUGUUACUGCAACCGAGAAACCUGAGAUUCGCAGCAGUUUUUCUAUGUCAGCCAAGGAAAAUUUUAAAGUAGCUAUCACUCAUUUCAGCAAUAAGUGGCACAGGCGUCUAUUAUUCAUUUGGAGACAUAUAUUGCAAGUAGCACACAGUUUCCAAAAGCUAUGGAAUAUUACGGGCAUCUCUUUGAAUCUUGACGUUCCCAAGUGGUUAAGAAUACUUCAUUUGGACCAGGCUAAUACACAUGCAGUGCAGUGGCUUGAGAAGAAAAGCAAAGCUUUUGAGCCGACCUAUCUGUACACCAUGGAAAAGGGUUAUUUCUUGCUACCUGAAGAGGCCAGGCUGCAGCAUAACAUACGAACAGUCAACAUAUCCAUAUCAGCUUGGCAUCCUUGUUUAGGGAACAGGUGGCAGCAACUUCUGAUAAAUAGAGUGGUUGGAUAUGAUACCAUAUUGAUGAAUAGCAUACUUAGCUCGCCGGGGCAUGGUUACCUUUAUAAUUUUCAGACAAAUGAAUUUUACAAUCUCAGCUAUGCUCAAGAACUACCUGAAGGGCCGGCGAAGUUUGGAGACUAUCUAGUCACCAAGUGUGGCGUGCUUAUGAUGUCGCUGUUUGUGUUCUUUACGACAACAAUGUCUGUAUCCUUCACAUUGAGAGAGACACAGACACGGAUGUUGAGAUUUACAGUGCAGCUUCAACACCAUGCUCGACAUCGAUUGCCAACAUUUCAGUUGAUCUUUGUCCAUGUAAUUGAGUCCCUUGUCUUUGUACCGAUAAUGAUUGGCAUCCUGUUUUUCCUGUUUGAGUUCUAUGAUGAUCAACUAUUGGCUUUCAUGGUCUUGAUUCUUGUUUGGUUGUGUGAACUCUUCACACUGAUAAGUGUCCGCACGCCUCUAUCAAUGAAGUUCUUCCCUCGCUUUUUCUUGCUCUAUUUUCUGGUCUUCCACAUCUAUUUCUUCUCCUAUACAUAUGGUUUUUCGUAUUUGGCUUUGUCUACAACGGCAGCAUUCAUGCAGCACUUGAUCCUGUACUUUUGGAAUCGCUUUGAGGUACCAGCUCUACAGAGGUUUAUGCAGAACCGAAGAACGCAGCUUCAGCAGCAUCCCGACUUCCACAUCACCUCUUCGACCAUAUUUGCAUCAACGCUACACAUUACUACAAGAUUCAAUGCCAGGACCCCUCCUCCGCAAGUACCAGCAGCAGCAAACACAGACCAACCCAUGCCGCCAGCAGCCACCGGAGCGCCUACAACUGCUGGGAAUGUUCCAGGUCAAGGCGACACUGGCGCGAAUGUUGGGUCGAUGAAUUCAUUUAGCUCUCUGUUGCUGUGGAUCUUGGGAGGGGCUUCCUAUGAAGGCCUCAACACUCUUCUCUCGAUGUUUAGAGACGUGAGAGAUCAUCAUCAGGGGGGCCAAGUUUAUGCCGCUGAGAACCCCAACCAGACUAGGGCUAGGAACCCGGCGACGGGAGAGGAUGAUGUCGAAUAA